UUUUCCAGGAGUGUCCCUAUAUAUAUACAUAUCCUUUCACUACACAUUCAUAAUUACACAAAAAAAAAUUGCUUUAUAGCUUCAUAAAUUUGCCUUUGCAUCACUAUCCUCUUAUCCUCUUCCUCAGUGAAAGAGAUGCGGACAGAGGUUUCAAACAACUUAACCUCCAAAGAUGAGCAGUCAAUAUUACAGCAUAUUGAAGAAGUUACAACUCAUGCCGAUCAAGUUCAGGGAAGAGUUCUUACUGAAAUUCUGUCUCGCAACGCCGAUGUCGAGUACCUUAAGCGACAUGGCCUUAAUGGAUGUACGGAUAGGAAGACCUUCAAGAACACCAUUCCCCUUGUCUCUUAUGAAGAUUUAAAACCAUACAUUGAUCGAAUUGCAAAUGGUGAUGCUUCUCCUAUACUAUGCUCCCAACCCAUUUCCGAAUUCUUUAUCAGUUCGGGAACAUCGGGUGGAGAGAGCAAAUUAAUACCAACAACAGAAGAAGAGCAAAAGAGAAGAUCACUUCUUUACUUCCUUUUAAUGCCUGUAAUCAACCAAUUUGUUCCAGGCUUAGACAAAGGCAAAGGCAUGUACUUUUUAUUUGUAAAAUCUGAGUCAAUAACUCCUGGAGGCUUACUUGCACGUCCUGCUCUUACAAGUUUCUGCAAAAGUCCUCACUUUAAAAACCGCCCUUACACUGAUUACACUAGCCCCAUUGAAACAAUUCUUUGCUCUGACUCUUACCAAAGCAUGUACUCUCAGCUUCUUUGUGGACUCUGUUUAAGCAAACAAGUCCUUCGAGUUGGUUCUGUUUUUGCAUCUGCCUUCAUUCGUGCUAUCAAAUUCCUUCAAACCCAUUGGCCCCUUUUGGUUAAUGAUAUCAGAACGGGAACUAUAAAUAACUCUAAAAUCACUGACCCAUUGGUGAGAGAAUCUGUGAUGAACAUUCUCAAACCUGACCCAUUGCUUGCUGAUUUCAUUGAAUUUGAGUGUGUAAAGGAAAGUUGGGGAGGUAUAAUAAUUAGGUUGUGGCCAAAUACAAAGUAUGUUGAUGUUAUUGUGACAGGUACUAUGUCACAAUACAUCCCAACUUUAGAUUACUAUACUAAUUCCCUCCCUAUUGUUUCUUCUAUGUAUGCUUCUUCAGAGUGCAACUCUGGUAUUAAUCUAAACCCUUUGUGUAACCCAAAUCAAGUCUCUUAUACCCUCAUCCCAUCCAUGGCAUAUUUUGAAUUCUUACCUACUACUGCUCAUGGAUUUUCCAACUCAUCACAACUAUUGGUUGAUCUUGUGGAUGUCCAACUAGGAAAAGAAUAUGAGCUCGUUGUCACAACGUAUGCAGGACUUUAUCGGUAUCGAAUGGGCGACAUUCUUCGAGUAUCGGGAUUCAAGAACAACGCCCCACAAUUCAACUUCGUAUGCAGGAAAAAUAUCAUUCUUAGCAUUGAUAUGGACAAAGUAGAGGAAGUUGAGCUUCAGAAUGCAGUAAUGGAAGGUUCUAAAAACCUAAUACCAUAUGGCGGUUUUGUCCAUGAGUAUACAAGCUACCCUGAUAUUCAUACAAUUCCAGGCCACUAUGUGAUAUAUUGGGAAAUCAGCCUAAAGGAAACCACCACUAUUCCUCCUUCGGUGUUUGAACAAUGUUGCCUAACAAUGGAAGAAUCUCUCAACGUCAUGUAUCGUGAAGGAAGAGUCUCAGUUAAAUCAAUUGGUCCUUUGGAGAUAAAGAUUGUUGAGAAUGGAACUUUUGACAAACUCAUGGAUUAUGCAAUCAAUCAUGGGUCUUCCAUAAACCAAUACAAGACCCCUCGCUGUGUGACAAAAGCGCCAAUUCUCGAGCUUUUGAACUCGUGCGUCGUGUCCAAUCAUUUCAGCCCAAAAUGUCCCAAAUGGAUUCCUGGUCCAAAAGAAUGGUCUACUGAAAAUUAAGUUAAAAGACGCAUUUGAAAGGACUUUUAAGCACUUGAAAAAGUGAAAGCGUGCAUAUAGGCACUAUUAUUAGUAAGAAAGUAAUGUACUGUGUGUCUGAAAGGAAAAUUAAUGAAUAAGAUUGUGCGUUUUUCUUCUUUCU